ACAUGUGUAUUUUUUGUUCCUUAAUGUUUUCUUUGAAUUUUGUGAUAAGCUGCUUAGUAGACUUUUAAAAACUGAAAUAGUUUGUAUUUCUAUCAUUGAAUUCACUAUUUAAUUGUUUUUUAAUUGGUUUUUAUACUACAAAGUAUUCAUGUUGAAAUUAUGAUUCCAAUUGUACUAUUCAUGCAACCAGAUGAAAGGCCUCUCAAAACCAGUCUCCCAGCUGACCAGCUUAGUGUCACGCUGAAGCCAACGCAGAAGAAGAAGAAAUCCUGGCUUUCAAUUCUUUGUAUUCCCGUUACUUUAGUAAUAUAUACGUUUCAAAAACCUCUUUAGUUUAUUAGUUACUCCCAUCAGGUCAAACACGCAGUCCCUUUAAAUUACUUCACAAACAUACUCGAAUCAUUUGGAUUUACAAACGCAGACACACCAGACGGGCGGAAGCACGUAGAUUCUGUUUUUCUUGUCUCCACCCGGGGCUGCGCUGACUACCAAAAGAAGCACACCUUUGAAAUGAGCUUACGAAGGACCAAGCAGUUGCUAAGCAGUUGCUUCACCACAUGGAAGUGAUAAUGACAUCAAUAAACCGUAGAAUACCACCUAAACGCGAUGCAGCUGAACAUGCAGCAACGGCCAGUGACAAGACAGGAAGGUUGGAAGUGAAGUUCAUCAAUCAUUAUAAAGGACGAGGUGUGUUCGCCACGACUCCUUUUAAAAAAGGAGAUUUUGUGGUGGAGUACAGAGGGGAGUUGAUAAACUAUGAAGAAUCACAAAGGAGGAGGAGACUGUAUCAUAGUGCAUGUGCUGUCUUCAUGUUUGACUUCUUGUGGCAAGAAAGAUGGUGGUGUAUCGAUGCAUCCCGAGAAGAUAACAGUCUUGGAAGAUUAGUCAAUGAUGACCACAAGAAUCCAAGCUGUACAAUGAAAAAGAUAUUGGUGGAUGGAAAGCCACAUCUGUGCUUAUUUGCAGUGAAAGACAUAAAUCCUGGAGAGGAAAUAACUUACAACUAUGGAGGGACUGACUGGCCAUGGAGGGAGAAGGCUAGCAAAGAAUCAUCUGUGACUGAGGCUGUCGAAGUUGAGCAUGCUGGCUCAUCAGAUCAAGCUCCGUCCAAGUCCUCCAAGAAAAAGGCUAGCAAAGAAUCAUCUGUGACUGAGGCUGUCGAAGUUGAGCAUGCUGGCUCAUCGGAUCAAGCUCCGUCAAAGUCCUCCAAGAAAAAGGCUAGCAAAGAAUCAUCUGUGACUGAGGCUGUCGAAGUUGAGCAUGCUGGCUCAUCAGGAUCAAGCUCCGUCCAAGUCCUCCGAGAAAAAG